ACGCCUACGUGAAGCUGUCGCUCGUGCACGACGAGAAGGUCGUCAAGACGAAGCGGACGAGCGUGCAGCGCGCCACCAUCGACCCCGUCUUCAACGAGACGCUUAACUUCAACGUGAUGCCGCCGGCGCUGCCCGACGUCAGUCUCGUCGUCUCGAUCGCCGACCGCACGAGCGACGCACUCAUCGGACGCAUCGUGCUCGGCAAGCACGCUACGGGGCCGCCCGAGAUGACGCACUGGGGUCGCAUGCUGCACUCGUACCGCACGUCGGUCGCGCAGUGGCACUCGCUGCGCACCAAGGACGAGUGCGAUCGCCUGAGCGCCGCCUCGUUGGCCGUCAGCCGCCCAUAAAGCUCAGCGUGCGAGGUCAGCCAGUAAAGGGUCAACCUAUAAGGGUCAACCUGUAGCGUAAGCUUGUAAGGGUCAACUUGUAAGGUCAACCUGUAAGGGUCAACCUGUAAAGAUCAACCUGUAAGGUUUACAUGGAAGGGUCAGUCUGCAGGGUCAACUUGUAACGUCACCUUGUAAGGGUAAACCUGUAAGGUAAGCCUGAAAAGUUAACCCGUAAGGGCCAGUCUGUAGGGUCAACCCAUAAUGUCAGCUUGUGACAGCCAGCCUGUAAGGUAAAGCUGUAAAGUUAACCUGUAAGGGUCAGUCUGUCAACAUAUACUAUCAGCGUGUAAGGGUCAACCUCAAUUUGUAAGGUCAACAUGAAAGAGUACGAAAGUGUCAGUGAGUAAGGGUCAGUCUGUAAGGUCAUCCUGCAAGAUAAACUUGCAAGGGUUAGUCUGUAAGGAUCACUCUGUAAUGUUAGCUUGUAAUUAAGGCCUGGCCUGUAAAGUUACGCUGUAAGGGUGAGUUUGUAAUUGUCAACCGCAUGUGCGUUGGGUGACAUUCUCCUUGCGAGCUAGAGAAAGCGAUACAGAAAAAAGGGAGGAGCGAGUGAGCGAGAGAGAGAGAGAGAGAGAGAGAGAGAG